CUUUUCCCUCACCCCCCAAAAUGAAUCCCCAAGAGAGCCAAAAGCUCGAGAUGUACAUCCUGCUGUGCCAGUGUUCCCACGCCCUCAUAACGUCCCUGAUGAACGCCUCGAAGCGGUGCAGUCCGUACGUGCAGGUUGCCAUCCGGCAGCGGAUGUUCCAGCUGGCGGAGUCGCUGCGGCUAUUUUUGAGCGGGACGCCCGAUCGGAGCUUGAGAGCGGGUGGUGGGCACGGUUCCCGGCUGGACCGAUCGCUGGACGUGUCGAGGGGGAGUGAGCGAGGGGCGGCCAGCAGGCAUGACGUCAUGCAAGAUGAUUUGAAUGCGUCGGUGCGCCCGCACUCUUCCACCCUCAACGAAUCCUCCCACCUGGAACGAACCCAAAAUCUGGACACAUCAACCCGCGCCCACACCAGCCGCUUCCCCGUGCUGCAGCAGUUUCUGGCCGCCCUGUCGGAAAUUCACGACGAAAACCUGACGAAUCUGUCCGGCGGAGGCGGCCCCCUCCCGGUCGUGGACGAUCCCCGCUACAGCUCCCAGUUGAUGCAGGAAAUUGACCGCGUCAUUGGGCUCACAUCGGGCAACGUGGCCGGCUGGGGCGAAGCGACGCUCGAGGAUCGCCUCGGCAAGCUGGAGAUUAGCGUGGGCGUCAUGGUGGACCACUUCCGGCGGCUCGAGCAGCGCCAGACGGGUGCGAAGGAGCAAGGCGUGGAAAAGGUCACGGAAAGGGUUGAGGAAACGAAAGUGGAGGAGGUGAAGAAGCCCAGCAAGGAAAGUCUCCAAUCCGCCGACGGUAAAGGUAGCAAAACGAGCAAAAUUGAAGAUUUGAACGAAUAAAUGGAACGAUAAAUUAAG